AAACCAAAACAACAGCUGCUCUUGUCUUGUGUCUCAGAUCCCACGUGGCUGUCCACCAACCUGGGCAUCCUCACCUGUAUCGAAUGUUCUGGGAUCCACAGGGAGCUGGGAGUCCACUACUCCAGGAUCCAGUCUCUGACUCUGGAUGUCCUCAGCACCUCGGAGCUCUUGCUAGCCAAGAAUGUUGGGAAUGCAGGCUUUAAUGAAAUCAUGGAGGGUUGUUUAAGUGCUGAAAAUGUGGUGAAACCCAACCCAGCCAGUGACAUGCAGGCGAGGAAAGACUUCAUCGUAGCCAAAUACACAGAGAAACGUUUCGCCAAGAAGAAGUGCCUCGACGUUACGUCACGCCUCCACACGCUGUGCGAAGCAGUGAAGGCCCGAGAUAUUUUCUCCCUCAUUCAGGUCUACGCCGAAGGACUGGACCUCAUGGAGCCCAUACCUCUGGCCAACGGACACGAACAAGGGGAGACGGCUCUUCACUUGGCAGUGAGACUGGUGGAUAGAACGUCGCUGCACAUCGUUGACUUUCUCACUCAGAACAGCCUAAAUCUGGACAAACAAACAGUGAAAGGCAGCACGGCUCUGCAUUACUGCUGUCUGACCGACAACAGCGAGUGUCUGAAGCUGCUGCUGCGGGGGAAAGCUACCAUAGAGAUCGCUAACGAGGCCGGAGAGACGCCGCUGGACAUCGCUCGGAGGCUCAAACACCUGCAGUGUGAGGAGCUGUUGAACCAAGCACUGGCCGGGAAGUUUAACGCUCACGUCCACGUGGAGUACGAAUGGUGUCUCCAGCAUGAAGACUUAGACGAGAGUGAUGAAGAUCUGGAUGAGAAGCCCAGUCCUCUGCGCAGAGAAGAACGCCCGGUCAGCUGUUACACCCCGGGCAGUAACUCCACCCACGGUCCUCGUGACGGCAUCAGGGACCUGAUCAAGGACAAACAGCGAGCCUUCAUGCCCAACCUGGUCAACAACGAGACCUACGGGACCAUCCUCAACGCUAACAGUAACCAGAGCGUCACCUCUGGUCCGCCGCUGCCCCCGAGGAACCUGGUCCAGUUAUCUGGACUGGGCGGGGUUAGUCAGUCCUGCGUGUCCAGCGGCUGGAAGCCUGGUCCUGCGGACAUGAUGGGGCGGCAGAGGUCAUCCUCGGACCCGCCCAACAUGCACCCACCUGUCCCUCCUCUGAGACUCACCUCUACUGCAGGCCUGGGUCCUCCUCCGGUCAUAAAGCUGGACUCCAUGAACAUGCAGUCCAAGUCGGGCCAGGGACCACUGGGCUCCAGGGCCAUGCAGCCAAAGUCCCCCGCAGGCAACGACAAAAACUUCAACAGGAGUCCACUGAAUCGAACGCACUCCAUCGAGAGACCAGCUAAGGAAGUGCCAGGAUGCCCCAAGAACUCCAUAGGUCAGUCUCUGCCUCCAGCUCCGAUGCCGAGGAAAGCCUUCCCAAAACAGAGACCCAAGCGAGUCAAAGCCAUCUACAACUGUGUGGCCGACAACCCUGACGAGUUGACCUUCACUGAGGGUGAGGUGAUCGUGGUGGACGGUGAGGAAGACCAGGAGUGGUGGGUCGGCCACAUUGAAGGGGAUCCAGUGAGACGAGGAGCGUUCCCCGUUACGUUCGUCCACUUCAUCUCUGACUGAAAGGUCACCGCAGGAAGCAGAGGUCAAACUCCUCUCCUCUGUGUUUGUCAGCAUCAUCCCUGUGUUCAGCUGUUGACGUCACAGAACCUGGUCCUUAUUUAAGCUACAACUCUGUCAGACCCCGGGGAACUGUCUGUGGUUCCACUGCUGUUUAUGUUCUUUACACAGACACGAUUGUAGUCGACGGCCUCUUGGAAUAAAUGCACUUUCCUUGUUAUGAUCCUGGUUCAAACAUGUGACGACAUGAAGGUUGUGUGUUCACUGUCCCCUCCUUUCCUACACUAAUACUUCAGAGCAUCUUUCUUAACCCGAUCAGACGACAUGCUAACAUUCCACUGUUGCGCUCCCAUGACGUACCCCUAGGUGCAACUCCUCAGAUGGUAGCCCUCCCGUGUGAGGAGGUUUUAACAAUGGUGCUAAUUUAUCCCCAGAAUGUGCUGGACCAUAAGCUGCACCUUAUAUGAAAAGAGUCCUCGUCUCCGUCACCGGGAGAAGAGACACUGCUGCUUGUCCUCCGCCUGUCUGUAGAGCCUCGGAGCCUCACUUAACACCACACACACAUACACACACACGUGUAAUAUGUUAUUAAUGCCUUCAGCAGUUUGUCCUUCAUUUUAGACCAAUUACCAGACACUGACACCUAGCGUAGCAGCAGUCAGUUAUUAGCUUUAAGUAGAGUUUGACUCAGCUCGUUAUCUGCCUUAUUGGACCAAUAGAAAGUGUGUGUGUGAUUGUAGGUGUGUGUGUGUGUGACUCCAUGUUAGUAGCAGUGUUUGUUUUUCCCACUUUGUUCCAGCUUAAUCUCCACUUUUUUUGUACAUUUCUGGGAUCCUGUUGUGUAGACAGAUGUGUUCAAGUAUAGCAUUAUAAAAUGAAUACGAAACACACACCAUGUAAUUAUCUUGACCUGGGUUGCAGAGCGACUUUCUUUCUGUUCAUAUUAAUGAUGUCAUUAACGUGAGCCUUUCAUGGAUGUGUGAACGACCAGAAGAAAAGCUUGUGAAUCACAGCAGAGUCUCUUCUACUUCGUGUUUAAUAUUAAUUCACUGGAAACAGGAAGAUCUGAAAACAUAUUUGUGUAAAUACUUUUUUUUGUGUUUGUUUUAUUUAAAUGGUAAAAACAGAAGAGCGGAGUGAAGCUGUGCAGUGACUGUCUGUGGUGACGAGCAGGUCCAGAUAUAAACCUGAACCUCAGCUUUGUCUGUGCAGUGAAAACACUCGCACUCACACAACUGGGACACCAGGCUGGCUUCACUCCCAUCAACUGUCUGUGGAUCACUGCAUCAACUCUUAACUCUAUUGUACCAGACAAUGGGAACGUGAAACUGGAAUAAUAAAAUAUGGAAUAAAAACA